AUGAACACCAAGACGUACGACGUGUCGGUGGCCACGACAUUGAUCAAUCCACCUGCUCAAGUCGUGUCGCCGACCAACCCUGCUGAGGUUAUCACUCCUUUCCGCAUCCAAGUCGGCUCGAAUGCCAUCGCGAUCAACGCCAACACGUCCAACUUGUACGCGCCGCUCGACUCGAAGCUACCGCUCCAGAAGGGCUCCAUGGCCUGGUACCCGUUCGACAUGUACGAAGUCAGGAUGUUUGUGCUGGUCAAUACGAGCAUGAGUCCGUUCAACGGCCAGCCCCAAGACCCCGUCGACGUCAGCUUCGUCAUCGUCACGCCGUCCAACUUUGACUGGAACUACCGCAUAAAGGAGACGUAUGGCGACACAGCGGUCGCCCCCGGCGUGUACUCGAUCACGGUCGAGAUCAAGCGUCAAUUCAACGUGUACACGGCGCUCGUGUUUGCCGGGAUUUGGGCCGUCACCGUGUCGAUCGGGUACAUCGGCAGCUGCGCUGUGAUCUGGAAGCGCCGCGCGGCCGACAACCCUGUCAUCUACAUCUCGGCCCUCUUUGCCGUGCCUGGGUUCCGCAACACCCUGCCAGGCAGCCCUCCCUAUGGCUGCAUCUUUGACAUCCUUUGCACUUACUUUGCCAUUGCCGUUGUCCUGUCGUUCUUGGUCUUG